UUUAGACUGUCCCCCAGUCAGCUGACCGGUAUCGCUGCUUAGUGGUGAGCCAGAGUCGCUGUCGGACUGUUGGAACACGUGAAGGAUACUUCGAAGGAGACGAGCUGAGCUUAUUCCACCACAUCAUUUCGUCUGGUCCAGAAUGAAGGAGAGGAGGAUAAGCGAGCCGCUGGUGGUCCGCUGUAAACUGGUUUUAGUGGGAGAUGUUCAGUGCGGGAAAACGGCUAUGUUACAAGUCCUGGCAAAGGACUGCUAUCCAGAGACGUACAUCCCAACGGUGUUCGAAAACUACACGUCAGGCCUGGAAGUAGAGGAACGACACAUCGAGCUUAGUCUGUGGGACACUUCAGGUUCUCCAUAUUACGAUAACGUCAGGCCACUCUGCUAUAGCGACUCCGACGCCGUGCUGCUCUGUUUCGACAUCAGCCGACCAGACACUGUGGACAGCUCUCUGAAAAAGUGGAAAGCCGAGAUCACGGAAUUCUGCCCCGAUGCACGCAUCCUCCUGGUUGCCUGUAAGACAGACCUGCGUACUGACGUGUGCACGCUGAUGGAGCUGUCCACGCAAAAAAUGGCCCCGAUUUCUCAGGAACAGGGGUCUUCACUAGCAAAGCAGGUGGGAGCCGAGGCGUAUCUGGAGUGUUCCGCGUUCACGUCAGAGAAAAGCAUCCACAGCGUGUUCCGUUCAGCAGCGCUGGCUUGCCUUGAGAAACUUCAACCGCCCAUCAAGCCAAGCCCCGCCCACCGGAAACGCCUCCUGCACCUGCCCAGCAAGAGUGAGCUUCUAAGCUCCUCCUUUAGCAAAGAGAGGACCAAGAGCUGUUCGGUCAUGUGAUCCAGACUUUCUGCUCCCUGGGGGAGAUCGACAAGGGCAGUUUUGAAGGAAGACCUGAGGUCGUGACCUUCUGUCUGCUCCUAUCGCUACACUCUCAACGUUUUGCCUUUUCAGUUAAUGCAUCCUAUUUCUUCAUCGCAAAGAACGGAAGGUCAACUGAUUCUGUUCAAUACACAGGUUUAUGUUAAAAGCAUUUAAUUCACACAAACCUCAUGCACUGUUUAAUUAAAUGUGCUAUUAUUCAUUUAUGGUGCGUAUAUAUAACGGAGAGCUGCACCGUCCAUGAGUUUCAGCUAUAACAAUAAUUCUCCCUGUACAGAGUUACUAGACAGUUAAUAAGAAAAGUUAUUAAAUGGUUGUCUGGUCAUUUAUGCGAAAGAAAGCGACACAGGAAGAUGUGAUUUUGUUAGAGGGCACAAAAAGGUCAGGGUGUAACUACGGAGGUUUUUGAUGGAAUGUGAAAUCACAUGUAGGAAGAGAGAGUGUGUGCUCUGUCUCUCACAUGCAUGCACAGGCAACAAUUCAUCCCUCUCCUGUCCAUCUCUACAUUUCAGCAGAUGAAUAAUGAAGAGAACAGAUAUCCCUGACAGUCCUUGAAAUUGCGUAAACAACAUGUCUUGUGAUGGCCUUGUGAUGGGGUUUGAACGAGUCUUGACCUUAGAGUAGCUCUGUGCCAUGGAAGAGCAUGUCAGAGCAGGACAGAAGAGAUUAGAGGGAUUAGAUGAGGAGACAGGAUGACAUUUUAUCCCAGACAAGUCUGAUGAGAGAUUAGUUAUAAGGUAAUCCUACUGAACGUGCCUGAUUAUCUGGCAUUUUUAAUGAUCGGGUGUCUCUUGGAUUGAUGUCUCAUAAUUAGUUUAUUUAGACUUGACUGGACUGUGAAUUAUCACUCAGUUCAAUGCAGCCACUAUAUCUAUCUGCAUCUGUUACUCCAAAUAUUCCUAUGCGUAUCUGGAAAAACACAAAAUGUGGCCGUGGUUUUGAGUGAAACCUACAAAUCUCUGCCCCUGGAAACACUGCAGUAAGAGGGAAAAAGGAGCACUGUACAAAUGCCCCACUUCAUCAAUCCAACUGUUUUUAUGUUUGUGUACAGGAUCUCAAUUCCACAAACACACACCUGUAGUCUCGAACAGAUGCCCUGUGAAUUUCCCAUUCACAUCUGUGUUUAUAUUUGUUUAGAACACACAUCUGUUCAACCCAAAUAAUGUAUUUGUAUUUAGAGCUGAUAAAAAAAUAUAUCCGCAGGAGCUGAUCUUAUUGCUACUUGAAGAAACCUGAUCAGUGAAGUCAUCUUUAUAAAACAAUUGUACUAAAUUGCAUUCAAGUUAUUUUAUACACCGAUCAGGCAUAACAUUAUGAGCAGUGAGAGGUGAAGUGAAUAAGACUGAUGAUCUCCUCAUCAUGGCACCUGUUAGUGGGUGGGAUAUAUUCGACAGCAAGUGAACAUUUUGUCCUCAAAGUUGAUGUUAGAAGCAGGAAAAAUGGACAAGUGUAAGGAUUUGAGCUUUGAGUUUGACGAAGGGCCAAAUUGUGAUGGCUAGACCACUGGAUCAGAGCAUCUCCAAAACUGCAGCUCUUGUGGGGUGUUCCCGGUCUGCAGUGGUCAGUAUCUAUCAAAAGUAGUCCAAGGAAGGAACAGUGGUGAACCGGUGACAGGGACAUAGAUGCCCAAGGCUCAUUGAUACACGUGGGGAGAGAAGGCUGGCCCGUGUGAUCCGAUCCAACAGACGAGCUACUGUUGCUCAGAUUGCUGAAGAAGUUAAUGCUGGUUCUGAUAGAAAGGUGUCAGAAUACACAGUGCAGGACGGGUCAGGGCUGUUUUGGCAGCAUCAACCCAAUAUUAGGCAGGUAGUCAUAAUGUUAUGCCUGGUCGGUGUAUACAGACUUCACCCCCCCCAGUAAACCUCAUAAAAACAAAUUGAAUAACAGCUCAAUUUAAAGGUAACAUCCUGAAAAACAUACAGCGACAAUACCCUUGGGAAUCCACUUGUAAACCAUAUAUCGAUUUUUAUAUCAGUUUAACAAGAUGAAGAGCGCCUGACUCAGCAUCUGUCAGCGAUAAGAUCAGAUGCUUUCGGGACAGCAUGGUGUAUCGCACGAGCAAACAUUAGUCUUUAAAGCUCACAGGCUGGGCCUGUUUCAUCUCUGAACACCCGGUUCUGUUUUCUUAGCUCGUGGCUCAGUUGUGUCCAGUUCAACUCUACGAUACGUCGUUGGAUUUGUUGUAAGAAUGGACAGGUGGCAGAAGAUUUAGUGCAAUAUUUGUUACAUACACCCCCUUACGCGUCUUACAGAAGAUGCAUACAACUAUGCACUGUGCCGGAAUGCUGCAGUGUUGCCUAGCAACAAUCCAGGAUGUACGGCACUCUUCGGUGCUGAUGGAGGAAAAGUAGUAAGGAUGGGUUAUUUCAUCAUGGCAUUACACACAGACCUGUACCUGAGGCUAUAGUGAAAUAUACUCGCAUACGCUCCCUACAAAGUUCUUGCUAAUGAGACUUUAGUGCAGUGAUUCAAUUAUGCUAUUUAUGUGUGAAAUGCAGCUUAAAGCACCAUGUGUCUAGUGUUACUGUAAUUUAUUUUAGAAAAAUGUUUCUGUGGUUUUCUCUCAACUGGUUUCAUUAAAAAAUGGCUUUAUUGUGUUAAAUACUGAUUUAUUGUGUGUUGGUGCAGAGUUUAGGAUGAUUCCAGCACUGCGGUAGAUCAAUAGAAUCCCCCUCCUCCACACCGGUGAGGCAGUGCACACACCCCCUGGGGUUUGGAGUCUGAUGGCUCUGGUGUAGAUGAGGUGUUUGUCUCUCAAUAUAAUGGUUCCACGCAUCCGGGCGGCUCCCUGGGAUGCAGCGAAAUUGUUUUGCUGGUUUCCAGUGUAUUACAUGAAUAUUGCACACGCUGAGUAGCUCACUUGCUCUUCACAACCAAGCUUGAGAAAUAAGCAUGUCCAUCAAAUGUCCAGUGAAAUUGUUCUGUGACCAGAACUGUCAUAAAUAUAUGAUGUUCAUGACAAUUAUGACAAGAACAUAAUCAGGGUCUGUUCUUAAAUCAUUCAUGAGCCUGUAUUCUGACAUUCUUGGGUCCUUAACCUUCUCCACUUCUGGGUUGCCAUAUCAUGUCCAAGCUUUGUAGCUUCCUAAACAGGAAAAUAUUUCACUCCGCUGUAUUUGUAUGUGUGACAAUAAACUUUCUUUUUUUUUUCUUUAUUUGGUCAUGUACCAUUUCCUAUCCUUUUGCUGUCCGCUAUCAGAGCUACCAGGAAUGGCAACAUAACACUAAGG